CCAGCACCGUUCACGGAUUAAACCGCGUUGACGUGCCGCUUGUUCCGGAGCUCCUGUCGGGAUCAGACCCGGUAAACCGUGAAGGCGGAUCAGACCAAACUAGCCGACACGUCCACUGAUCCAUGGCUCCGUCUGUCUUACAGGCAAUCUGAUGACAGGACUUCAGACGACGACGACAAAGGACGACCUGCUAUGGCCAGUGGAGCUGAUGGUCCAGGUAACCUCGGAGCUGAGCAGAACCCCCUGAGCAUCCCCGUUGCUGAUCAUGGAGCCUGGGCCACAGCCAUGAACAACCUGGGCAUCAUGCCUGUGGGCAUCAGCGGGCAGCAGCUGGUUUCAGAAUCGCUGUGCAUCCCGAGAUUCGACCCCGGACUGGGCCUUAUUGCACCAAUCAACCCCAUGAUGGGAGGCAUCAGCCUGGUCCCGCCUCCACCCAUUCCCCCCGACGUGCCUGUCAUCAAGGAGAUUAUCCACUGCAAGAGCUGCACUCUGUUCCCUCAGAACCCCAAUCUGCCCCCUCCGUCGACGCGGGAGCGGCCCCCCGGCUGUAAGACGGUGUUUGUGGGAGGCCUGCCUGAGAACGCCACGGAGGACAUCAUCAGGGAGGUGUUCGACCAGUGUGGGGAGAUCAUCGCCAUCCGCAAGAGCAAGAAGAACUUCUGCCACAUCCGUUUCAGCGAGGAGUUCAUGAUUGACAAGGCUAUUUAUCUGUCAGGAUAUCGGAUGCGCAUCGGCUCCAGCACGGACAAGAAGGACUCUGGGAGGAUCCACGUGGACUUCGCUCAGGCCAGGGACGAUUUGUACGAGUGGGAGUGCAAGCAGCGCCUGCUGGCCAGGGAGGAAAGGCACCGGCGAAAAAUUCACGAAGACCGCCUGCGUCCGCCGUCUCCUCCCCCCAUCGUGCACUACUCUGAACACGAGGCGGCGCUGCUGGCGGAGAAACUGAAAGACGACAACAAGUUCAGCGAGGCCACGGCGGUGCUCUUCACCUGGAUCGACCGCGGCGAGGUCAACCGGCGGACCGCCAACCACUUCUACUCCAUGAUCCAGUCGGCGAACAGCCACGUUCGCCGGCUGAUGAGCGAGAAGGCUCUCCACGAGGAGGAGAUGGAGCGAGCCAAGGAGAUCUUUAAGAACGCCCUGAUGGCCAUACUGAUGCAAUUCGAGCAGAUCACCACCAUUUUCACGGCCGCCACCAGGCAAAAGGCAUGGGACCAUUUCUCAAAAGCGCAGCGCAAGAACAUAGACAUUUGGCGCAAGCAGUGUGAGGAGCUGAGAAAUGCUCACAGCGAGGAGAUCAUGGGCAUCAGACGAGAAGAAGAGAUGGAGAUGUCAGAUGACGAUUCGGAUGAUAUUCCCAACAAGAGGAUGCGCACAGAAGAAAAUGGUGUGUGUGAUCAGACCCAGGCCUCCCUGAGGGAGGAGAACGACUCGCUGCGCUGGCAGCUGGACGCCUACCGGAACGAAGUGGAGCUGCUGAAGAAGGAGCAGAGCAGAGCCGGGCGGCCGGACGACGACCACGCGCACACACAGCCACACACACACGCUCACAGCGCCGAGGCUCAGAUCCAGCUGCUGCAGCAGAGCAUGCACAACAUGCAGCAGGAACUCCUGAGCCUACAGGAGAAGCUGUCGAGUAAAGAGACGGAGCUGGAGCAGGCGAGAGAGGAGCAUCACUACCUGGAGCUGGAGGUGCUGACCCUCAGAGAGAAGCUGUUGAGUGGUAAAGGUGAAUCUGUGGAGGGAAUCAAUGGAGAACUUCAUGAAAAGAGCGUGAACGGGUGUGUUCCCUCGCUGUACCUCAGCAGAGACAGGAGGAGUGAGUUCAUGAGAGGAGGAGUCGCUUCGGAGAAAGAGGCUCUGCUACUAGGUAUUAUCUCCACCUUCCUCCAUGUCCAUCCGUUCGGGGCCAACCUCGAGUAUCUCUGGUCGUACAUUCAGCGGCUGGACUCAAAGGUGUCUGCCGGGGAGCUGGAGCGCCUCAUGGUGCGUCUGCCCAGCAUGUUCCGACAGGAGCUGAGCGGCGUCGGGGCGACCUUGGAGAAACGGUGGAAGUUCUGCGGCUUCGACAGCCUCAGCUCGGCGUGACGCGGGGACCGCGCGCACGCCGCAGACACCCGCGAUAAGACGCUCGCGCGCGUGCAUGUGCUCACGCCUACGGAGGUACGGUGAACGUGGAUGGAGCGCUGGAACUCCCGGACCAGACGGACGAUUAAAGCCGAAGGGAAGUCCUACGGGACGUUGGAGUGAAUUUGUGAUCCCUCGUAAAGAUGCGGUGAACCCCGACGGGACACAACUACCUUUGAGGAUUAACACAAGUCUUGAGGAAGACUUCCUGGCUGUCUUGCCUUUGACAGCCAGGAACCAGGAAGCCUGCCAGCAGGAACGCCAUCCACAGAAACAUGGAUAGGAAAACCUGUAUACCAAAGUUGACCCUGUAGAGAUUUCAUACCAGACCUCAUUUUGUUGAACUGAUGAGUGCAAACCCUUUGCUCCCAUGUUGUAAAGAGACUGAGUACUUUUGCCAAAUUUUUUUGCUGGGUAUCCAGGAGAUUGAAGCUGGCAGCACUGUUAAACCAGGACUUGGAGUCGCCUGGAAAGGUGUUUGUUCAUCUUUCAAACAUUCACAGACACCUUUGGUGGCGAUCCGGUGGCAGGUUCUGAUGUUUUCUAAAGUUAAACCCGUUUCUUCAUCUCCUGUAGAGUGGUCAACAGGCGUUAGGGCAUUUCUCCUUUUUAAUACCGGACAGCUUAGAACUGCACUGAUCUGUCAGCUUCAGAUAUUUAUUUGUGUGAACUAUGAAGACUUUUGUUCUUUCAGGUUGUCCUCUCGACAGUACUUCUCUGUCCAGAUUUGGUGCAUUUCGUUUCUGUUGCCUUUAAUGUUGAACUUGGUGUGUGCCGAAGACACCAUAAAUGACAUUAAAGACUUUUAAGGUAAAGUUUUUUCAGAGUUUUUAAUGGGUUUUUGUUGUUGUUUUGCUUUCACCCAGAUCCAAUAAUAGCUCCAAAGCUCUGUUAGCGUAACGGCUGCAGAGGGAACACUUUAAUACUUGCAACAUUCUGGUCUGGUGUAAAAGUGUCAAAAUAGAGAAAAAUAACAGAUGACAAGAUUUGUUUGACUUUCUGCAGUUUAGAUUUGUGGCCAGGGGCCAAACCAAAAUUCGGGUCGGGCAUCUGUGACAUAAGCUUACGAUGCGUACAACACAGAGAAAACUAAACAGGAAUGCAUGAUAUGAAGUCGUGCUAAUCUGUUAUACUUUAAUUAGAGGAGAAGGCAGCUUGACUGCUGAAGAGAUAAAGAAACGAAGGGGCAGAAGUUCCUGAGCCUGUAACGAGCGCAGCACACUCACAAAGCGCACGCAGCUCCACCCCGUUCCGCUCCUAUCAAUCACACAUCCCAGAUGAUUGGCUCUUGACUCACCCAGCAUUUCCAACAAGCAACAACAUGCAGCUGGAAGAUGUGAAACAAAAGCUAAAAACGGGAGAAGUUACACUGCUUACUCAAAUUAUAGUUAAAAUAAAAACUUAAUUAAAAUGAUAUGUUGGGUUUACUUCAGGAUACGUUAACUGGUCGGCUCUGACAUAAAGUCCACAGGGUUGGGUCGGUUGGGUGGGAGCCCCACCCUGCUUUCGUGUGUGUGUGUUAGUCAGACUGAGUUAGCCCUAGGAUACACAGAUUGCUCCCAUUAACAUAUUAACUCAUUAAGAGCAAAGUGUGCAACUUGCUCUCGACUCUGAGUCGGGUAUUAUUCAGUGACUCAUGUGGAGCCACAGGUCUGUUGUUUUACCAACUUCAGAUUUAAGGUGACCUUUAGAAACCUCCUCUGACUUUAUGAACCCCACACCAAGACAAUUUUACCACCACUGAAUAAAACAAGAUUAAGGUGACUCAAAUAAUUGAAGGUCCACAACUUCUCUAAAAUGUUAUAUGCUCCUAUAAGUACUAGUAUCCCAGAUAAACAUUAAAUGUGUUACUGGUAAUGAACUUGACGCUAUGAUCAGUUUGUUGCCAGAGUCUUGAAGGGUUCAUCAUCUACUCCUACAAAAAGAGGGAACUGGUUCCACAAUAAAGGUCCAAAAUUCAACAACACAUUCAUUUUCAGGCUAUGAAUCCACAAUAUGGAUGUUGUUGGACCCAAGAACAUCAAAUGUGAAGGCAAGCACCUUAACUGUGAGACAUCAUAGCUGCAUUACUUUGGCACCGCUGACGUAAAAUUUGAGAUUACAGUAAUAUGCACAGACCUGCAGCGUCAGUCUGAUCAUCAAAAUAAGAACUAGUAAUUCAUCAGUUUAAUUUCCAUCAGUGCUUUUGUGGCUUCAGUCGGAUGUGGAAAACAUCCCUAUUCAAGGGAAAAUGGAGCAAAGAUGACAUGUGAUGGUCGCAGAGCGUAAACUCAAAGGUCUAAACGCGGAGCCUCAUUUCCUCUGCCAGAUAUUUUGGGAUCAAAAAUAAAUAAAUGGUACUGCGGAGAGGAAAAGGAAAG